UCUCGUGCCGAAUGGUCGGUCAACCACGUGCGUCAAAAUGUCAGACGAUGAACUGAUAUAAAAGUUGGGCUGGGAUAUCAACCGGACGACACAACUAACCAGGUAGGGACACGGGAGCGGUUCCAGAGAGGAAAUCUCAGGUUUAGGAAUUGUAUUUUUUACUAGGUCCACAUUAUAAGUCCAGGAAUUUAAAGAAACAAAACAGUGGAUUUCAGGAUUUAAAGUUGGUUCGUCAUUUAACCCGUUUGACAUUUGCAAGUUGAAACAAGAUAUUGUGUUGAAGUUGAGAAUGUUUUAAGUUUCGUGCCUAGUGGUGUGAGUUUCUCAUCGUUUCAAGAAGAAAGGGACAGUGAGUACAUCUGUGAACAAUGGCGAGCCUUAAUGGGCCUGCGGUGGUCAUCGUGUGGUCAGUGAUUGUCUCCAUCAUAUCCGGUCUUCCAGCCACGUUACCUAGAUACGAGCCGUCUAUGGACGCUGAGCUGAGCGCUAUUUUAACGGGACGAGAGUUUCCAGAAGACAGAGCGAGAUUUUCUCAUUUACAGAGGGGACUAGAACCGGAAGUUGCUGAGACGUUGGGUGAGCCAGAUGAGGACGAGGGUGGGGAGAUGAGGGGCGUCAUAGACUCGCCCUGGGCAGUCUUAUCUGAGCCCCACAGCAAGCGUGGAGGGUACCAUCGAGACAGCGUAGAUUACUAUAAGCGGAGCAGCCUUAAUGAAUUAAUCCGGCGGCUCAUGCAAAUGAGAGGGAACACCUACAAUGGAGGCCGAGCGUCCUUGCUGAGAUUCGGAGCAGGAAAAAGGUGAACAAAAGUACCCAAACACAGUGCGACUCGGGAGGUGAAUUGCAGGACUGAAUAACCGUAAUUGAAGUGACAAGAACAGCUAAUGACGUAGUAACUAUAAAUAGAACCAGAUGCUGUUACUAACAUUUUGCAUUUUCGUAACUUUUUUUGUUACUACAAGGUCUGAACAAACUUUAAAACAUAGUUUUUCAAAGACAAAUGCUAACACGCCUAAAUUUAGAUAGAACACGUAUAUCAUGCACACUGAGGUAGAGAGAAUAGCCACAUAAGCCUACACAAGUUUUAUACGCAAGUAUCUUAACAAAAACACCCGUCUUUUCUAUUCAUAGUAAAUAAUUCAAAAUGUAUGUGGCUGAAAUCUAUUGCCUGAACUAGCCAUUAAUCUUUGGGGUCGUACAUAAUAGAAGUCAGGCUUUCUAACUCGAUUAUAACCAGUUCCCAUUGACAAACCGUCAAAAUGAAUCAGCCCCCCUCCCCACGUCACGUCUUAGCCCAGCCCCCCCCCCCCACUACUCAAAUGUGUAAAAUUUGUAAUCUAAAGUAGCCAUUUCUUAAUUAACUAGUAACUGACUUCGGUAAACAUAGGGUACAAAGAUCAAUUUUUAUUAUUAUUUACAAAACAAAGAUAAUAAUGAAAAAAAAAAAAAACGCGGCUAAAAUCAGUUUCAAACAGAAAUUUUUCAAAUGCAAUAGUGUGACGUUAUUUUAUGACCUUUCCCCGCCCCCUCGUGUCAUACACCGUCACUAAAGUCGGUAUCCUCCCCCACCCCUUCUGAGCAUGACUUUGUUUAUGUAUGACCCCUUCAAGCCAGCUAUAGUUUUAAAAUGAUAAAAAAGUUUAUUUUGCCAUUGUUUUCUUUUGUUUUAUAGUUAUUUAACUGUUAGACAAUUUGAUCGAAUGCCAAUCAUUGAAUUCAAACGGGUAACUCUAACUACCAAUUUGAGUUAGAAAUUAUAUUGUAUUUCAUGAAUAAAGUAAUUGAUACGAUUUCAAAUGUUUUUUUAACGAAACAAAUCUUGAAUUAGCUGUGAAUUAAAACAUAGCUGUGUGUUCAGGUCAGCAAUAAGAAGCCAUUGGUUGGUUCAGCGUCUAUGCAGAAUUUUGAUUCGCUCGAUAUUAAACUAUACAACGGUCAAA